AUGGAAAAACACAAGCAUCGGUUCGAAAAAGCAAAGCUUUUGAAAAAACUUAUUAUUGAUCUCAACCAAAAUGCCAAAGAUAAUAUUUUGGCAGGUUUCAGAAAACAAUCAUAUGGCCCGUUAAUGAAAAUCAGGAAAAGUGUUGGCACUGAAACUGAAGAAUAUGUGGACACAGAGGAGGAUAAUUUUGAAAAUACACGGAAAAUAAAAACUGCUGAAACGACUACAAUAACAUGCAUAAAGACAAAGAAAGGCAAGGGAAGAGGGAAAAAAACUAAAAAAACAAGACCAAGACAUAAAUGGAACCGAAAAGAUAAAAUAGAAGUUGCAGAUACAGAAGCAAUACCUAGAAUAGAAGUUGCAAAUACGGAAACAAUACAUAGAAUAGAAGUUGCAGAUAUAGAAACGAUGCCCGUAAUGUUUGAAGACAUUACAUUAUUCGGGGAAGAAGUUGAGAUUCCGCGAGACGACAAUUCACAACAAUGUGACGAUUUAUAUUUCAGCGGUAACUUAGAAUUGAUUGACGAUACUAUACAUGAACAGGCUCCGUCUAAACCUAAAGCUUUAUGUACUGAAGAUAGGUGA